AUGUCCCAUCUACAGCCCGCCGCCGUCCUCAACAACCACUUCCUCCCGCAGCAGCAGCAGCAGCAGCAGUUACAUCCUGGCCCUCAGCAACCUCAAGCACAGCCUGGCCAGCCCGCCCUCCUCCAAAAUGGGCCAAAUCCAAAUGCUCCCAUGGCCCUCCUUGGCGCCCCUCAGAAUACAUAUAGCGCUCAACUCAACGUCAUGCAAGCCAACAACGGCCUCCGCGGUCAAUAUGUGCCUCCUGGCGCAUCUCCUCAAGGUCUCAACCCUCCGCGCGGGCCCGCUCCGCCUCUCGUGAACGGCCAUAAUUCAGUGCAGGGCAUGAAUGGUUUUCCUAACGGUAUGAUUCCGCAACAACAAAUACGGCGCGUUGCCUCGCAGCCUCAAGGUCUCAAUCAAUCUGCGGGACACAUCGGCGGAAUGCCGCAGAGUAUGGGUGGGAUGGGCGGGAUAGGGAUGAAUCCGGCGCAGAACAUGCCCGGGCAUAUGCGGCAAGUCCACCAGCCUCAGCAUUCGCUGAACGGUAUGCAGCGCAUCCAGCAGCCGCCCCAGCAUCCUGGCAUGCAGACUCACAUGUCCCCCGACAUGGGUAUGCAGAUAAACAGGCAGCAGCAUCUCCCAAUGACUAUGAACGGGGGUUUGCCACCUCACAGCAGUCGGACGCCAUCCACACAGGCGCCGCUUAUGAGUGGUAUGAACCAGCCCGGAUCGCUCACUCAGCAGCAUUCAGGAGGUGGGAUGCAACCGCAGAUGCACCAGAACCCGGGAUUCCCUAGCGCGAUGUCGAUGCAGCACCAUAACCCGCAGCAGCAGCUUGGUUCGUCGCCGCACAUCGGCGGGCAUACACAGCCGCACACAGCCGCAAAUAUGGGCGCAAACAUGCCGCCGUCGAAUAUGUCUCCACCGCAGACCGACAUGUUCGUGAGCUUCCAGAAUGGGCAGAUGCAGCCAAACGUACCGCAGGUCCCUCGGCUACCACAACAGAACGCUCAAUUUUCAUUCCAGCAUUCCCCGACGCCGCCGAUGCAGGCGGGCGACCUCGCACAGAACGUUGGUGGCGCACAGAUGAACGGUCCUAGGCCAAGCUCGCGGCCUGGUCUUAUGUCCACGCCCGCGCAAGUGUCGCAGGUCUUUGAAUUCGGUCCGAAUAACGAGAAUCUCCCUGCGCCGUUCAACAUGCAUUCAAACCAGCAAAGUGCUCCCGCCCGCCCACCCUCUCACAACGCCAACGUGUCCCAUCCCCCAUUUUCGCUCCCGCCUCAGUCGCAUCAACAGGGUAUGCCACCGCGACAGUCUCCUCGCGUGCCUGACCAGAUGAACUCGCACAUGGGCCAGGUACAGCGGCCUCAGUCGCAGCAGGGGCCUCCACAGAGGCAGUCGCCCCAGCAAGCCGGCUCAUCACGUACGCCACGCGUCGGCCAGCAGCCGCUCCCCGGCAUGACGCAACGGAUAUCCAUGGUGCCGCCAAAUCAGCCCGGCCCACCGCAACAACAGCCUCAACCACCACAGCCGCAGCCGUCACAGAAUGCUCAGCAGCACAUAGCUCCGCGCCAACCUCCUGGGCCUGCACCUCUGACGCCAUCGAUGACGAACGGACAGGGACCGACAGCCGCAGGGCAUCAGCCAGAUGGCCAGCAGCAGCAUCCUCCGCAACAGCACCAGCUGCAACAACAUACCCUCCAACAGCAGCCGCAAGCGGCUCCGAAUCGACAAAUGAUGCCCCCUCAAAUGCAGUUCGUGGUUGGUCUCGGCCAGGGAACCUUGCGACUACUGCAGUUCAGCGGGCAGCUUGCGCUCGAAACAGAGGCUGUGGGUGUCAUCUAUCACGCACUAAACGUUUCGGAACCUAACCCGACGAUACAGACAAAGGACUACAGGCACUGGCAGGACGUUAUCAAGGACUAUUUCACGCACCGGGCCAUGAUGAAAAUCACACUAUGGAAAGAUGGCCAAAAGCAGGAGGCCAAGCCGUUCGAGAUCGGAACACCGAUCCUCCCGCGUUUCUUUCUCGUGACGGCGCAGUCGGGUGUCAAGUCUAUGUCGAUAGUAUUGGACAACGCACGCGAGAAAACGAUUGCGCCAGGUCAUGGUAUCAUCGAAUGUCCCACAGCUUCGUGGAUAUUCAGAUAUAGCAAUGGCUACACGGUCGCGCUGAAUGGUCCCCUGUCUGCCCACGUUGCAGCUGUACCCCUAAUGUCUCCUGGUCAGCCUCCAACACCGAUGAGCUAUGUGUUGCGCAUCGAGCAUCUGACAUUCGAUGCUACAUCGCAUGAAAAGAUGGUCAACGUCGACAGGGUGGGCAAUCUGUCCAUCGAUGGAUCACCAUCUCACCACGCUCUGGCGAUGGGGCCCAUGGGGACCAAACGAGAGGAGGAGGAGAAGAGGUUGGACGACGUGAGGCGCGUCUCGGUCGCGAUGCCACAUGAACCUGUCAAUGCGUUCGGGAUCCCGCAGGCGACCAUGCGAUGCCUAGAACUGGCGGAGAGCGUGUCUCAAAUGUCGGAUCUGAUCCACUAUUCGACCGAACACCAGCUAGGGCCUCGAGAUGCCUUGUCCCACCUAGCAAGACAGAUUCGGGACUCGCAGCCACGAGACGUAAAACCAAUGACCAUGUCGAAACCCGGGCCACCGCCAGGUCCAGGUGGUGGCUGCAGUACAGCUGGUCCGGGGCCUGGUAGUAUGUUUGACGGGGCAGGCUCAUCCUCGACGUCAUUGUCCUCUACGAUGAACCAAGCCACUGCCCCUUCGACUCCGCACAUCGCUCCAGCGGCUGUCGAUUCCAAGCAGAACAAGCCGGCGAUGCAAGUAUCAUCUCAACCGUCCAGCUCAACACCGUCGGCAUCCGCGUCUACACCGGCGGCAGCGGCGACACCGGGAGGGCCCACUACAACCCCCUCGAUGCCGAACGCCACGCUCAAGCGGAAGGCUACUCGGACUGAGGACGGCUCGCCGAUCGUGGCGAAUGCUGACCAGGCGCCACCCGCCAAACGGACGACAAGAAAAAGGGGGCGGACUCAGGGUGGUUAG